AUGUAUGAUUUUGCUGGAAUUCUUUUGUCUGAAGUAAGAAACCAAAAGAGUAACUAAAAGAUACCUUUUUUUUUUAGCCUGCAGCCCUCCUGGAGAGUCCAUUAAUGCUGCUAGUGGUCACAUUUCCAGCCUCAAUUUUCCCAACAACUAUGACGCAAACAGGAUUUGUACCUGGAAUAUCACGGUACCCGGCGGGAAAAUCAUCAAACUGACCUUCUUGAAUUUUACCCUGGUAGCAGGUGAAAACGAUGACUGUGCUGGAGCGGCAGCAGAUAGUGCCCGAGUCUUCAUCACAAACGUCGCCUCUCAUGGAGGAAAUCCUAAUGACUUUAAGAUCUGUGGUCAAAAGCUUCCCCCUCCUGUGUACUCUGAGGGAAAUUUCAUUCAAGUAAGAUUUGAAUCUCGCACCGGCCCUGUAAACAAAGGGUUCAAUGCAACCUUUGAGGCGAUAGAUGGAGAUUCACGUAAGAGCUUUAAUUUUCUUCUAUGGUAGUUUAUUAACCGGAAGUAUAGAAGUAUAUUGAGCAUGUACCCCUAUUAAACUGAGCGGGAAUUUUUUCGAGUGAUCAUGCAAAUAAUAAAGUAAGCAAUCUUUGAACAGCUAUAGGCUGUAGAAAAAAAAAUGCAUAUAGUCAAGCCUUUUACUCCAACGCAAGCUGCUAUAUUUCACAAUCGUUAUAUUGAUUAAAGUAGGAAACCGCCAACAUACGGAAAAGGAGCUCUAGGGGGGUAUUUGAAAUCAUUCAGUUGACCACAGUGGACUGUAAACCUCAUCAAAAUUAGAACAGUUUUCGGAGAAAAUGAAGCUUCGUUAAGAUUUUUCAUUUAGUAAAUUAAGUUUUUACAGUAAAUAAGAUGCAUUUUACUAAAGCUGGCAGUCUUUUUUUAGUGUGCCCAACAGAUGUGAUCCUCGAUGAAACAUCAGGUUCUUUCUCCACUCCCUUUCAUCCAAGAAACUAUCCAUUCAACCAGUCGUGUAGCUGGAAGAUUAUAGGGAAGCAAGGAUACCAUGUUGAGCUCUCAUUACCAGACGAUAAUAUUCAACGUUGUGAUGGCAUUGCUUGCUCGUGUGAUUACAUGGAAGUCCAGAAUAGCUUCAGUGAUCAA